UUGCCGGCGACGAGAGGAUGGCGGACAAGCCCUUGCGAGGUAGGAGCAUGCGGAGGGGCUCUGAGCAUGUGGAGAUGCGUGCAGGGGUCGUUUGUUUCGAUGGGUCUCAUGGAACCGGUCCUGUAGAGUCUCAGCAUGGGAAGAAACGCCGCGCGGAAGCCUUGGAACUAGAAAAAGAAGCCGAGGAGUGGACGGCACCGACGGCAUCUGGGUCCGCAGGAGGUGUGCGCAAGAUCCGACUAGGAAAACGAUUCCAAGCAGUUCUCCCUGCGCUUCAGACGAGUACCACCGCCAAUCCUUCGUCCACGACACCCCCUGACGUCCGCGUGAACCUUCCACGUCGAAUCUUCUCUGCUCAAGCUCUCCAGGAAUCGGUCAAUUCCUCCGACGUCACCGCUUUUCUCCAAUUCGCAUCGACGUUAAGUCCAGGGUAUGUUCAUGCCACGCCCCACGCGACGACUGCAAACGCGUUACACAUUCUGCACCAACACAACUGGAACGUCUCGUCUGCAUCCUGCCAUCUUCUAGCGUCACAUGCGUACGCGCCGCCGCCAUCCUCGUCGCCCGUCGACAACGAAGACCACCCCAAGCUGAAAAAACAGCACGUUCCUGUCAAGCACCAGCAAUGGCUCGUGUCCUUUUACCUUGCGUUUGCCACACCAGUGUUCACUGAGACGUCGCUAGAGUCCCUUCGGACACUCCAUCGCACGUGUCCGCUCGCUGACCAUGCCGCGGAAGCCACUGCCCUUCGCGCGUUUUUAAGUCGUGUCGACGCGUGGGUCGCUGCCGCCGAGGAAGCUACUACCACCCCCAACACCGACGAAACCCAGCCCACCCCGUCCCGCAAAUCGUCAAGCAAAAAGCACCCGCCGUCCGGCCUGUCAACCAGCCCCGCCGAUUUGCAUGCGCUGCUGCACACCGCGACGGCCCUGCGAUGUCACGACCUUCCGGUCGCCCACGCCAUGACCAGUCGACUGAACGCCUUUGAACUCGCCAAGACGCGCCUCCUUGAUGCCCUCGACUCGUCCGUUCGGCCCAGUAGCGUCAAAUCGUCGACUAGUACUACUAGUACAUUGACCAUCCACGGCCCCCCCAAAAAGGCGGGUUCUAGUACGAGUAGUAGUACUAGUACUAGUACUACUACUAUCGACCAACUCAAAGCGCUGUGCGCCGAGGUGACGUCGUUUGGGCUGGCGUUUGCAGAAGCGUCUGCGGUGGCCCAUGUGAUUGCGGCUGCCGACGCCGUUCGAGGCGAGAUUCAAGCGCUGCUGGGUCAAGACAAGGUGAGCGUCCCUGCGAUCCGUCUCGUGCUGGCCAAGGUGGCCGCGCUUCCCGUCGAUUUGAGCGAUGACGUGGCACCACUCAAGGUCAAAAUGACGUCGGCGCAGAAAUGGCUCGAGCGCGCACGGAAGUGCAUGCCUCCGACCAAACGUUUCAGCUCUCGGAUCACAGACACCCCCCAUGGAGCUAGUACUACGAGUAGUAGUAACCCCCGCGCCAAGAUGCACCUAGACGCGGUCCACGAACUGGUGCAGUGCGCGCCAGUGGACGACCAAUCGAGUGAAAUGCAGGAGAUGGAGGACCUGCUGGCGUACGCAGAUGCGUGGGGAGCGCGCGUCGACGCCGCGAUGACGGUGGACGAGGACCUUCCAAUCGACAUGCUGCGUGAGCUGCUGGAAGAAGGUCAAGACAUGCCGGUCGUGAUGGAGCGCACGACGGCCCUCGAAGCUUGGAUUGAUGCGCGAGAGUGGGAGGCGACGGCUCUGGCUGCCACCAAGGAGGACGACAGGAGGGGAAAGAGGACGGCGGACGGGUGUUCGCUGGACGAGUUGCAUGCGUUGCUGGAUGACGCCAAGGAGAUCCGCGGCAGGCUCAAGCACCAGACGUGGCGUCCUCGCAUCGAAGCGACGAUUCAAUCGAGUGUGACGACGGCCGAAGCCUGGAUUGGUCAGACCCAGCAGCUUCUCGGGAUGCCCGCGUGGUCCAAGAUGUUUGCCGGCAACAACGUUCGAGGGGGGCGGGGACCAGAUCGACGGACGAAGGGGGUCAGUGCGGGGGUGCCCUCCGCAGAUACAGCCACGACGACGACGUCUACCAAGCGAUCACUGGCAGAAUUAAAAGCACUCGUGGCCCAACUGCAACCCCCCGAGCAUGCGAACACGUCGACGGACCUGGAACACCUCGACGGCAGUGGUGGGGAGGACGACCGACGACCUGUGAGAGAGGCAGGGGACGGCGACGCGACGGACAACGGAAAGACUACGUGUGUGGUGGACCUGUCCGAGUUUGUGUCCCCCCUCAAGGCGCUGAUCAGCCGCGGCGACGAGCUGAUGGCGACCUGCUCGGCGUUGGAUGUGACUGCCGCCACUGCCUACGACACGGCACGAGGCCUCGUGGAGGCAAUGGACGCGUUCCCGUGUCACCUCGAAGGCCACGCGUUGCGGGAGAAGGUCGCAGUUGCCACCACGUGGCGGGCAGCCGUCCUCGCUGUGUGUGAAACCGACCGGACCAAGCACACGGGUGGUAACCAUGCCUCUCCAACGCCCUACGCAAGUCGUCGCGUGAUUAAAAAGUCGUCGUUGUACGAGACUAGUACUACUAGUACUAGUACUACUAGUCCUGCCCCAGCGCCACCUUUGACGUCGCGUCCGAGUACAACAUUGGACGAUUUGCGGGCACUGGAAGCCACGACGCUGGCGUUUCCAUUUCCAGACGAACGAGCGCGGAUCCGCGACGAGAUUGCUGCCGUCGUUGCUUGGCAAGCUCAAGUCCGAGACGCCCUCCACAGCGACGUGGCGACGACGGCAUUGGCAGCGUGUCGGCAGUUGGAGGCGCUCGACGGCGCUCGGUGCCGCCCGCGAGACGACGCAUCACGUGACACGGCGACGACGGACCGUUACCACGACGAAGACGUGCACGUUGCAAUGGCGCAAGUGCUGGUCACGGCGCCGCCACCGGACAAGACGGCUGUCGACGAGGAUACAACCAAGAUGGGUGCUGCCGACGACGAUUCCAAGGCGGCGACUGUAGCAUUGGGUGAUGCGCUGGUGAAUGUGAUUCAAGUGAUCUCUGGCUGCCGCACCAAACAGGCUGACCAAAACAACAGUGACACGAGGAGUAGUGCGAUGAUGGUGGCAGUGGAGUGGUCGCCGAUGCUGAGCCAGAUCGACCGCAGCCUCGCGUACAUUGCGUCAUUGGACGCCAAGGCCAAACAAGAAGACGACGACCACGACCAUCCAUCUGCCGCGGCGACCGCCGACGCGCACAAGCAGACUUUAGAAGCGGUGGCGGCGUGGAAAGCGCAGUUGGAAUCCCUCUUGUCCUCGUCGAAUGCGAUCGUGUCGACGUUCGAAGCGACGGCGGUCACGUGGCUACUCCACGCGCUCGAGUGGUUGGUGGCGACUCGGUCGUACGACGAAGACGACGACAGUGAGGACACUGCGACGUCAGUCAUUGCCCGAGGCAACCACCUGCGCUCGACCUGCCCCACUUCUGGGGCCGUGGAAGGAUUCAACCAUGACGACAUGAUGCAUGAAUGGCGGCAAGCAACGCUGUGGCCGCUGCACCAUCUCGAAGCCCAGCGAGCCGCGACGGCGGCGUGGGAGGCCUCGCUCGAGGCCCAAAUGAGUACGCGCACGUUGACUCUGGGCCACAUCGACGCAGUCCUUUCCGAAGCCGACGCCGUGCAGGCCGACGACCGACCGGUGUGGGUGGAGCUGAGAAAGGUCAAGACGUGGCUGGUGAAAGCGAAGAAGGUGCUCAAAGCCAAACAAACGGCCAAGCUGCCGUUGCACACGCUGGGCAGUUUGGUGGACGAGGGUGGCAAGCUCAAGAUCCGGACGGGGGUGUGGGCCGCGCUCGAGGCCGAGCACGACGCGGCGGCGCAGUGGGAAGCCAAGCUCAAGGCGUCGGGGCUGGACGUCGGCCAAGCAAAGAUUGCCACGCUGGUGCAACUGCUCGCAGAGUUUGACGCUCGCAAGUUUGUCGUCGACAUGGACAUGCACCGGGACGUGCUCGUGUCCGCGACCGAGCAGUACUGCAUCUGCCGACAGCCGUACGACGGGUUCAUGCUCGGCUGCGACCUCUGCGACGACUGGUUCCACGACACGUGCGUAGGCAUCUCCAAGGAAAAGGCUGAAAAGGUCGCCGACUACGUGUGCCCGUCGUGCGGGCUGCUCGUCGAGUUGAAACGGCUCGUGAGUGUCGCGGACGAGACAGCAACGACGUCCGAGUUGCUCGCGAACGAAUCGACACACGGACACGACAAGGCGCUCAGUGUGGCGCUGCGCAAAGUGAAAAAGGAGGAACGCGAUGUGGACAAGUCGACGGUGGCGCUGGUGGAACUGCACGCCCAAGUCACGGCCCUCGGUCAACAUGUGGCGUACUUGGAGAAGAUGCUCCAUGACAACAACACGGUCGCGGACAAGGGCCAGCCGUCCAACGGAAGUGGUGCGCUGCCCAGUCUGCUGCAACACAACCAUCUCCACCACCACCACCCCCCUCCGACUUCUGCACCCCCCACCCCCCAUGCGUCCAUGCAUCCGCUCUUCAAGGGGUACCCGCCGCCGUCGCUCCUGCGCACCCUCCCACCGUUUCCAUCGUCGUCGUCGCCGUCGCAACCUCUCCAGACCUUGCAAGUUCCGUCGCAGCAUUUUUUGCAACCGAUGCCACCACAUCAGCAGCAGACUGCCAGUCCUUCCCACCAUCACCACACCCACCAGCACCAUGGUGGCGGACUCACGCUACCGCCGCUGCCGUCGUCCAUGAAUGCAUCAACGGCUUCCCCGCUGCACUUGCUCUUGGCCAAACCUACAUCGUCGAUGCAGGCAUCGCCAGCAGCACCAUCAUCGCAGGCUGGUUCAGAGGAGACCACGGCAGCAGCACCUGGUCCAACGAAUAGUGCUGCGACGCCCGCUUCCUCGUACUCCACCGUGUCGUCGCAAGAGAUUGAGCUCACGCGAUUCAAAAUGGAACAUUACAAACUCAAGCAAAUGGCCGUGGAGGCCGAGGCCGCGUUGACUCAGUCCAAGGACCGGCUGCGGCUGGCGCGGGCGGCGGUCGACAGUCUGGUCACGACGCGCGACGUGUGGCGACCGAAAGCCCAGCAUUGGUGGCAGCAGGUGCAGUUUGUGCUGGCGCAGUUGGUCGUGGACAAGAAAGCGUUCGACCUGCGACUGUUGGCGCAGUGGGCGGCCGAGUGCGAAGCGUUCUGCGACGCGUUCCCGGCCGUGCUCGCGAUGAAGAAGGUGCUGCAUGCGAUUCCGUGGACAAUCGACGUGUUCACGCUGCUGCAUGGCACACCCAAGCCCGCGUACGAGGCGCUCGAGGCGGUGCUGGCCCAGACGAAUCAAGUGCACGAGCCCAAGGUGCUGCUGCCGCUGCGAGGGGUGCUCCAGCGCACGGACCAGUGGAAGGCGCGGACGCAAAAGAGCGUGGUCAAACUGCUGGCGGCCAAAAAGGUCGAGACCGCCAAGAUCCAACAUGUAUUGAACGAGUACCUAAAGAUGCCUGUUACGUGUGCAUGGGGACGCAAGCUGGAAGCGCUCGUGGUCGAGCUCGAGACGCGGGACCCCGUGUUCCCGCCGCCGACCAUCGAUGUGACGCCGCCGCCGUCGCCGCGAUUGUCACUAGCAACGGCGCCGUCGGAUGCAACCGCGACGUUGAAGCGCAAGCCGAGCAAGAGUAGUACUGGUGGGUCGGCAAGAAAGAGGUCGAAAGGGGCAGAUGGGGACGUGGCCAAGAAGGCCAAGGCCUCCAACAGCAGGGCCCGGACGGUGACUUCCAUGACCGGACCGGACGUAGUGUAAUAUAUGGACGUGCUAGGAGUAUCUGUGUUGCAAUAAAGUUAUGAGGGAAG